GUUACUCCUGUCAAGGUCAAGGUUGAGCGCUUACAAUCUAGUUUCGUUUUCACUAGUAACUGAAGAUGGGUUCGUUGUUCCGGAGCGAAGAAAUGCAACUGUCUCAGAUGUUUCUGCACACAGACAUAGCCUACAUGUGCAUAUCAGAGUUAGGGGAGUUGGGACUGGUGCAAUUUCGAGAUACCGUCCCAGGUACCAACGCCUUCCAGAGAAAAUUUGUAAAUGAAGUUCGAAGAUGUGAUGAAAUGGAGCGAAAACUAAGAUUCCUGGAGAAGGAGAUCGAAAAAGAUAAAUUUCCUAUAUUGGACACUGGCGAAAAUCCAGAAGCUCCGGCCCCACGUGAAAUUAUCGACUUAGAAAGUAUUUUUGAGAAAUUAGAGAACGAGCUAAAAGAAGUGAACACAAGCGCAGAAAAACUAAAGAAGACGUACCUGGAAUUGUCUGAACUGAAGCAGAUUUUGCGCAAAACGCAGACAUUUUUUGACGAAGUAAGUUUUUAUUUUUUCGUACGAGUUAAUGUGUCGCCUUCAAACUGAUUUACAACGUACAUUCGAUGAGUCAGAUGUUGCGUUAUAGUUCGGUGAUGUGUUUUAGUAAAUACGUUAAGUUAUGGUCUAUCAGGCUCGAUGAACAUAAAAUAUUAUGGUUAACAUAAGUUAUGGUGGUAUAGUCCAUUCAUAUUCAUACGACUAAGAAUAAUUUCAAGUUUUAUCUGAACAUGGUAUUGUCAGACUAACCUCUGUUUCUUCCCGGCCUGGGGAUUUGAUGAGUUUACGCGUAAUACUCAUAUCAUUUGCUAGUCCUACUUCAUUGUGGGUAACAGAUUGAACUAACCAACUGGUUAUUCAUCACCUAUCGAUUAACCAUAAGCUUUUUUCGGCAUUUAUAAUCAUAAGUUUAGUUACUGGGGUAGGCCUGUCCUACUUCCGUUGAUCUAAGUGUUAGUUCUUGUUAGCGGGACAUAGACUAGAUUAAAGCAUGCUCAAUACAUGAUUGUUUUGGUGCACGCUGAUUGGCUGAUUCUUAUCCAAUCAGCACUAGUCGAUAGUCGGAGAAUAUUCUGGAAUCUUCUUAUGUAAAAAACUAUAAAUAUACCGACGUUUUCCCCUAUUGUGCUUCCUACUGGCUUCUGAUUUGCUAUUUGGAAUAUAAUCUUUUUCCUGUUCAACCGUGUUCUGAUUUGGGGACUUGUCGAGUGAAUCGGUGUCCGAGAAUACUAAGCAAUAGGAGUAGCUGGGUCAUUAACCGUAAGAAGAAAACAGAGUUAUAACAGUUCUCAUGCAUUUGUCCACACAGUGCAGAUAUCUGAAAAUUAGGAAUGUUUAGAUUUUCUUUUGAUCCGUAACUCAUUCAUCACAGUUUUUUGAAGUGUAUUGUGGGGAGUUCUCUAUGACUUCACAAGUUGCUUCCCUAACUUAUUGUGCUAGUUUUGGAAUGGUUCACCUUUCCGUUUUCCAUUCGUUAUUGGUGACAAACUAUGGUAAUCGGUUUUAUCAGCUUUAUUUCCGAUUAGCUAAUAAGAUAGUCUAUUUAGCACAUUAAAUCAGCUUACAAACAGCGACUUAUAAUGGUAAUGGUAAAUCAGUUUACAAGGGAAGCUGAAUGUUCAUUUUGCCAAAGUAGAAAAAUGUAACGAGUGGUGAAAGUACUAGAAUUUCACACGCUGGCUGCAGAAUCCAACUGCAUUUCAGUUGUCUAAGUAAUCUCUGGCAAUCUAUAGUACACAUUGUUGUGGCUUAUUUCUUUUCAUUCAGUUAACUAAAAUUUAUUAAGUCAGAAAGCCUGACUGCUCAAUGAAGACUUGAUUGGUAUACUUCAAGUUACACAGUUGUCGAUAGCUGUUAUCGGGAUAUAGAUUGGAUUAAAGCAUAUACUGUAUAGUACUGUGAUGGGGCACUCUGGUUGGUUUUUUCCUAACUAACCAAUGCUAGCGGAGACUCGGAGAAGACUCUAGAACCUUAUGUAAAAAUCUUAAAUAUACUGACGCUUUUCUUGCCGUGAUUCCUACUUCCAUCCAACUUUUUUAUUUGGAGUUUAAUUACGUUCCUGUUCAACCAUGCUCGGAUUUGGGGACUUGUCAAGUAGUGUCUGAGAAUAUUUAGCAAUAAGAGUGGCUGGGUCGAAAUAAGAGAAAUUAUGACGGUAGUUAUGCAGGUUUUGGGUCGAACUCUGUAUAGGACGGUAACGUUGAACUAGUGUUCUUACGCUAUACCUGCCAUGAUGACAAUCUAGCGAUUGCUCGUUUAUAACUGAAGAAAGUAAGCAAUAUCUGUUCAAGGUUGUAAUGGUUAAGAAUAUGUCAGGCCUGAGUUUAGCACAGACUACCAAUUAUGGUUUCAAACUAAAACCGUGUGGUAUCCUUAAUUGUCACACAGUUGAUCGCCUUUGCGGCGUUGUUGAGCGUGACUAAAUUGUUACGGUUACCAUUCACACUCAGGCGUAGGCUACCUUAGACAUCGGCAAGUUGUCCGUUGCUCUUUUCCUUGUAUUGCAUGUGGUUAUACCUAAUUGCCUCAGCCGUUGUCUGGUCCUUUUGUCGGUUUGUCCGACUUCGGUGUUGUACUGCUGUGAAUAAAUUAGUGCCAAGAUUUACCGAUUGAACGUCUGACCAUACCUUCCAAUGAUUUGCCCCUUCGUCGACUGAAUCGCGAACAGGCUCUGCACGAUCCUGCAAUGUCAGAAGAAAAUGUUGGACUCCUUGGCGGUGAAGCAAUGGGUGCUGCUGGCACUGCUGGUGGAUUACGACUGGGGUUUCUUGCUGGGAUUAUCCUUCGUGAACGGUUACCAGCUUUUGAGCGUAUGCUGUGGCGGGUGUGUCGAGGAAAUGUUUUCCUUAAGCAAGCAGAAGUUGAUGACCCAUUAGAAGAUCUAACAACGGGUAUGCCAGUCCACAAAUCCGUAUUCUUGGUAUUCUUUCAGGGUGAUCAGCUUCGAACUCGUGUUAAAAAGAUAUGCGACGGAUUCCAUGCAACGCUAUAUCCUUGCCCAGAUUCACAAGCUGAUCGACGUAAUAUGGCCAUUGAAGUGAUGGGUCAGAUCCAAGAUUUAGAAACAGUGCUAACGCAAACUAGGCAGCAUCGUCAACGUAUUUUAGAAACGGCCGCUAAAAAUUUACGUACCUGGUUUAUAAGGGUUAGGAAAAUCAAAGCUAUCUAUCAUACUUUAAAUUUGUUCAACCUUGAUGUAACUACGAAAUGUAUGGUUGGGGAAUGCUGGUGUGCAGUGAAUGAUGUGGACAAAAUUAAUUUAGCUCUACGUCGUGGUAUGGAACGCAGCAAUAGUACUCUACAGCCGAUUUUAAAUGGAAUAGUAACUACGGAAAAUCCUCCGACAUACCAUCGAACAAAUAAAUUCACCUAUGCUUUUCAAAGCAUCAUUGAUGCUUACGGAGUCGCACGUUAUCGAGAAGUCAAUCCAGCUCUGUUCACAGUUAUCACAUUCCCAUUCCUGUUUGCUGUAAUGUUUGGAGAUGCUGGUCAUGGAUUGCUUAUGUUUCUUUUCGCUUUGUGGAUGGUUGUAUGUGAGCGAAAAUUAAGCGCUAAUAAGUCCGGAGGUGAGAUUUGGAAUAUAUUUUUCAAUGGUCGUUAUAUUAUACUUCUUAUGGGUUUGUUUUCAAUUUAUACUGGAUUGAUAUACAACGACAUAUUCUCUCUAUCUGCCAACAUUUUCGGGUCCUCAUGGUAUCCAACUUAUGAUAAUAGUGCUUUAUCAAAGGAAGUUAGACUCCAGUUAGAACCUCGAACAAGCGUUAAUGUGUCGAACCGAAUGUAUGCUGGAUAUCCUUAUCCUUUUGGUUUAGAUCCUGUAUGGCAGUUAUCUGGUAAUAAAAUCAUGUUGACAAAUUCGAUCAAGAUGAAGAUGUCUGUCGUACUGGGAGUAUUACACAUGCUAUUGGGCCUUAGUUUAGGUGCUUUCAAUUACAGAAAUAAUAAAGAUAACUUAUCGAUUUGGUGCUUACUGCUUCCUCAAAUCCUUUUCCUGUCAUGCAUCUUCCUCUAUUUGGUGAUAUUAAUCUUUUUCAAAUGGGUUGCGUAUACGGCGGAAACGGCAUCCUCUGCACCAAGUCUUCUUAUUGGAUUGAUCAAUAUGAUCCGUUUCAGUUAUUCGGAUGAAAUUCCUCCUUUGUAUUCUGGACAGAAAGCUGUUCAAAGUAUAUUGAUGGUUAUUGCAGUUAUAUGUGUUCCUUGGAUGUUGUUGUCUAAACCCUUAAUUUUGUAUAUGCGUCAUCGUGCCAUCAUGAAGAAUAGACAUUAUGUGGAUCCUGAUGCAAGUGUGCAUGUGGUCAUUGGUGGUGUAACAAAUCCAAAUAUGGAUGAUAGUUUCAUUGGUGAUAAUAAUGGUAUUAUGUACAGUGACAUGUCUCCACUACAUAGAUCGUCAUCUGAAAAACGUUCUAAGGUUUCAUUAAUUAGUCAAACAGAUUCACCAAGUAGUCAUGAAGUUCAUAAGUUUGAUUUCGGAGAUAUAAUGGUUCAUCAAAGCAUUCACACGAUUGAGUUUUGCUUAGGUUGCAUUUCCAACACAGCUUCUUACCUUCGACUAUGGGCUUUGAGUUUAGCACAUGCGCAAUUAUCGGAAGUCCUUUGGAGUAUGGUUAUGAGAAUGGGUUUACGUAUAUCUGGUCUAUAUGGCGGUGUUGUGUUAGCAUUUAUUUUCGCAUUCUGGGCUGUGCUAACCGUUAGUAUUCUUUUGUGCAUGGAAGGAUUAUCUGCUUUUCUCCAUACACUUCGUCUCCACUGGGUGGAAUUUCAAAAUAAAUUCUACAGUGGUGAUGGUUAUCCUUUCGUUCCAUUCUCCUUCGAACAUUCCAGCAGUGUAGUCGACAAUUAAAAUUAGAUUUUAUUUGCUAUGUUGUGUGUGUUCACUUAAAUUUAUCUUCAUAAAUGUUGUGAUUAUUCUUUUAAACUGCUAUAAUCAUUCCAUCUACUGGACAGUCCAGGUAAUUUAAUACUUAUUACUUAUUUAUUUAACCCUUAAGUCAUCAUCUACUUAACCGAUUUUAUUAUCCUUGAUCAUUAUACAUUGACUGGGUUCGUUUCAUAUUUAUUAAUUUUUAUGUUGUUAGAUCUACUAAUAAAGCUGUUCAAAUCCACUUUCACAUUUUAAGAUAUUGCUUUAUCACUGAGAGUUAUUUUUUUGUUUUAUUUGAACAAACUGUAGACCCAAAAAAUGGUUAGCUCAAUUCAGAUUUAGGAUGGUCCAGUCCAUUACAUACUAAAUAUACUCAAUUUUAAUUGUAACAUUUUGAUAAUGAGCGUCCGGAAAUUAACAGGUACCAUUUCAAAGUCUCCACUACCUAGUCUUACUGAUACGUCUUUGUUAUACGUAGUGAUUUUCGGGUACUGUAACCUUCAGACUUUCAGAAACAUAAUAGAAAC